GGGGAGGGGAUAUUGUCGCUGCGCUGCUGCGUGUGGGGACGGGGAGUUACUCGCCGCGCCUGCUGCCCCGGUUUGAAGUUGGCGCCCGGGAGCGAUGCGGCGCUGAGGCGAGGGAGACCGAGGCCGCCGCCGCCGCCAUGUCUGCGGGAUUCUCCUUCGGGGCCGGCACGCUGGGCUCCGCGGCCGCCGCCGCUGCUGGGGCGGGAGGCGGCGGCGGGGGAGGCUUCUCCUUCGGAGCCGUCCAGCCGAGCUCAACUGGAGGGCUUAAUUUUGGAAACUUGGGCGCCUCGACUGCUACAGCAACUACAUCAGCUCCAUCAGUGGGCUUUGGAAGUGGACUCUUUGGUUCAAAAUCUACCACUGGGCUUGCUCUAGGAGGUACUAAUACAGGAACAGCUACAACUAUUGCUACAGGAUUAACACUGGGAGCUCCUGCCGCUACAUCAGCCUCUACCACAGGUUUUAGUUUAGGGUUCAACAAACCUGCAGGAUCGGCCACACCAUUUGCUUUGCCUAUUACUUCUACCUCAGCAGGUGGCCUCUCACUUUCUUCUGCUCUUACAUCAACUCCUGCAGCAGGUUCUACUGGCUUUACAUUAAAUUUGGGUGGGACAGCUGCCCCAACUACAAGUGCAUCCACAGGCCUUUCACUGGGAGGAGCCUUAGCUGGUUUGGGAGGUACACUCUUCCAGAAUGCAACCACAGCAGCAACAGGACUCGGACAGAAUGCUCUGAGUUUGACUCUGGGGACGACUUCUGCUCCUUCAACUACUGUUAAUGAAGGUCUUGGUGGCAUAGAUUUUAGUAGCUCUUCAGAUAAAAAGAGUGAUAAAACAGGAACAAGACCAGAAGAUAGUAAAGCACUGAAGGAUGAAAAUCUACCUCUACUAAUCUGUCAAGAUGUAGAAAAUCUCCAGAAAUUUGUGAAAGAACAAAAACAAGUGCAGGAAGAAAUUAGUAGAAUGUCUUCCAAAGCAAUGCUUAAAGUACAGGAGGAUAUUAAAGCUUUGAAACAGCUUUUGUCAGUGGCUGCUAGUGGACUACAGAGAAACACUCUUAAUAUUGACAAAUUGAAAAUGGAAACUGCACAGGAGCUGAAGAAUGCAGAAAUAGCAUUAAGAACACAGAAAACUCCUCCUGGUCUUCAACAUGAAAAUUCAGCCCCAGCAGACUACUUCAGGAUCUUGGUUGAACAGUUUGAAGUACAGCUGCAGCACUACAGACAGCAAAUUGAAGAACUCGAAAAUCAUCUUGCCACUCAAGCAAACAAUUCACAUAUAACUCCACAAGAUUUGUCUAUGGCUAUGCAGAAAAUUUAUCAAACAUUUGUAGCUCUAGCAGCACAACUUCAAUCAAUACAUGAAAAUGUAAAGAUGCUCAAAGACCAAUACCUUGGCUAUAGAAAAACCUUUCUGGGAGAUGCUAUGGAUGUGUUUGAGGCAAGACGAGCAGAAGCUAAGAAAUGGCAAAGUGCCCCACGUGUUAUUACUGGACCAACCCCUUUCAGCAACAUACCAAAUGCAGCAGCCGUUGCCAUGGCUGCCACACUUUCUCAGCAGCAACAGCCUGCUACAGGGCCACAGCCAUCUCUGGGAGUUAGUUUUGGAACGCCAUUCGGCUCAGGUAUUGGCACUGGCUUGCAAUCAAGUGGCUUAGGUUCUUCACACCUUGGAGGAUUUGGAAGUAGCUCUGCUUUUGGAAGCACUGCCACAGGCGCACCAUCGUUCGGAUUUGGAACUACAAAUAAACCCUCAGGAAGUCUUAGUGCAGGCUUUGGCAGCUCAACUACAUCUGGGUUUAACUUCAGUAAUCCUGGCAUCACAGCAUCGGCUGGCUUGACAUUUGGGGUGUCUAAUCCUGCAUCUACAGGUUUUGGGACAGGAGGGCAACUUCUUCAGCUGAAGAAACCUCCAGCUGGAAACAAGAGAGGGAAAAGAUAGACACACUGUUGGGGAAAGGGGAAGUGAAUCAGCUUUGUUCAUCCUAAAAGUCUAUUUUUCUAAAUGAAUGCAGUAAUUAAAUUGCAUCCCAGGAGAUUUAUAAAAUUUUGCUACGUUUCCCUAUUCUGGAAUAUGAAAUGUAAUCCUAUUGAACAACUAUUUUCCUGUGAAUAGAAACCCAUUUAUGUAUUUUUAUUUUGGUUCUAGUUUUAGAAAUGUUCUAUACUGCAUUAUUAAAGAAUCUUGUAAAACCAUCUAUUUAACCUAAUGGUAGUAGCAGAAUAUUUUUUGUUAAUAAGCUUUAUACCUAAUGGUAGUAGCAGAAUAUUUUUUGUUAAUAAGCUUUAUACCAUAUGAAUAUAUGCAUAUUUGGGUUUUUUGUACAGAUAAAAUAUAUUCUAGUACAAAUACUAGAGUUCAUAUCUUCUGUUCCUGGAUAUGGCCUUUAAAUCUACUUCAGGGUGUUUCUUUGUGAAUAUAGAUGUAAAUAUAUAUAUAUAUCUAUAUAUACACACAGUACAGUGCACACAUUUGUGUGUAUGUAUUUGUAUAUAUAAUAAAAACACGUGAACUUUGCCCCAUAGACAAAACUCUCCAUCUUUCUUUGCUUUGUGUGUUCCCUUUUCCAUGUUGUUUUAGGCUUCCACAUCUUGAUGCUCAUAGGAAUAUCAAAUAGUAGUACCAGGCUGUAAUAUUUUUGCAGCUUGUUUUUUAAAGACAAGCUGAAAUACUGUUCACUAUUGUAUAAUUCUGGCAAAUAGUGUUUAAUUGCCUGUUUUGUCCUCAACACUUUCCUUUCUUCAGCUAGCAAUCACUCCAAAGAAGAAUCUGGAGAGACUUUCAAACAAAGGUGUUGUCACAGCUGGUGUUGCCAAACAGAUCUCUCCUGGGCUGGGCUUCAUUUCUGAGGCUGCUAGGCUUCAGGAGAUUUCUUGGGGGCAGUAGGGUGACCAGAUGACAGAGGUCAAAUAUCAGGACGCGGGGGGGGGGAACCGAGACCAAAAAAAAAAAAAACCUAG